AUGUGUGUGUUUCUGACGUUCUGUGUGUUCCUGCAGGUCUUGUUCUGCUUCGAGCAGUUUGAUGAGCUCACGCUGCUUCACCUCAGAGAGUUCGACAGGAAGAAGCUCAUCUCAGCCGAGACUGACAUUGUCGUAGAUCAUUACAAAGAGGAGAAAUUUCAAGACAGCAAACCAGCAUCAGAGCGACUGACAGAUCAGCAGGCAGAAGAUCUGAUGGCCUGGAUGAGGAACGCACUCGUACAGAGAGUCACCAACAUCAAGGUAACCACAU